GCCCCCCGCGGUCUAAUACGACCCGCGUAAGCCCCGGACACAGAAGCCCUCGGAACCCGCGACCAGACGCAUAUUACAGAUGGGUGUGGCGUGAGGUGGAUCAUUGCAGUACAAUUUUUAAAGCAAACUGGAAAUUGACUUGGAGCGCAAGCUAAAGUUUUUGUUACAUGGGCGCAUGUGAGGUGCACAUUUACCGACGUUGCUUCAAUAAACGCUUCUAAUGGAACCCUCUGGGUUGGAUCGUGUAAUCGCCUCCUCAGUUGGCGGACUGUUGACUGCGCUGGUGAUGACUCCUUUGGAUGUCGUAAAGAUUCGGAUGCAGUCCCAUGGUAUUUCUGGACAAAAAUGUUUCGUUUAUUGCAACGGCUUAAUGGAGCACCUGUGCACAUGUCCUCCAACUCCAAUGACAACCGGUCGAAUACCGUGGUAUAGAAGGCCAGGAAACUUUAUGGGGACCUGGGUGGGUUAUCACACGGGGAGACAAGCCGCUCUCACAUCAUACUGCGUUUAUCACUCCGGAAAUCAGUUCGAUGGACUUUUAACUCAUCGAUUCAUUGGAUUGUCCGACGCCGUCCACAAAAUUGUGCGAAAUGAAGGAGUUUGUUCUUUAUGGAGUGGAUUAUCACCAACCCUUAUCAUGGCACUUCCUCAGACGGUAGUCUACUUUACUUUGAACGACUGGCUAAAGGAAUACGUCGGGUACUCAUCCACAUUUUCAGUGGAAGCAACUGGGCCCAACCAGAAAAUCAAGCUAACGUCCAAUGAUUGGAUUCCUGCAGUCAUUGGCGGUGUCUCAAGAGUUUUUGCCGUGGCCGUGAUCUCACCGUUGGAGUUGCUGCGAACGAAAAUGCAAGCUGUUCAUGUGACUCCGGCCCAACCAAUCCAAUCUGUUUUGGGUGCAGUACGUCAGGAUGGAAUUUUCAGUUUGUGGACGGGAAUGGGACCGACCCUACUGCGCGAUGUGCCUUAUUCAAUGCUAUUUUGGCUCGUUUUCGAUUACUUCAAGUCCAGACACCAGAGUGGAAAACUUUCCGGAACCUGUAUCUGUUCACCUAAACGACCAGAUCUUGAUGGUCUUACAUUUGGCCAUACCUUUGUGUAUGGCGCAGCUGCUGGCCUGGUUGCCGGCGUGCUUACUCAUCCUUUUGAUGUUAUUAAAACCCGCCGUCAAGUGGAAUUGGGAGAGGCGAUUGUUUCCGGUCAGCGCUACCCGAAAUCAUCUUGGUUAUCUUUACAUCGCGUGUACACAACGGACGGAGUUCGGGCUCUUUUUUCAGGGUUUACUCCACGGUUAAUGAAGACUACGACUGCCUCAGCCAUCAUGAUUGCAACCUUUGAAACCCUCAAGAAAUCCUUUGCCGGUACUUCUGAUGACUCGUGAUGCGAACAAACCGGCACUCCCAACUUGUUGGUUUUUUCACGCAUCACUUCUGGGUGCUUGCAAUCGAGAUUAUGAGAAGCAGCACACUCACGUAUCUUCCUUACUUAAGUCUCAACCCGUUUGAGUAACCUCACGUUCCUUGUUACGAGGUACUUGCAUCCCUUUGCCAUUCGGUGUAUUUUCAAUGACCUAGCCACUGGUGUAGUUGUCCGCUGCCUCCAUAUAUGUUGAGGGUUGUCAAAAAACAGUUUUUGAGGAGCGUGCUGAUGUACGCACUCUCUUUCAUUUCCGUUCAGCCUUCUACAUAAGUUGUCACAUUAAGUGCACCAGUACCACCUACGAGAUUCCCAUGCAAUUUUGUGCGAUCGAUAUCCUUUGGUCCAUCGUGAAUCGAGCCCUUUCUUACUCGAGCAUGUGAUCGAGGUCCCGCGCGCUGCUCACCAUCGAUGAUUCCUCUCCAUCAUGAGGGUAUCCGGUUUCUUCGCAUUGGGCCAAAUGAAGCAGCUGUUCUUCAGUUCGCAGCUGAAGAUAGCCACUGGACCAACAACUUUGUGGGCUUUGUUUCCUAACCUCUAUUUUUUUGUUACUAAACGCUUUCUGAUCAGAUGAUUGUUUUGCAAGGGUCGCACGUUCACACAUGUUUUCAUCGGCCAACAUAGUCAAUCUAAGUAUACGCAGAUGUGUCCAAAA